AUGACGUCAACGACCAUAUUGCUCAGGGACAGCUUUCUCGACCUCAUGGAGGGUGACCUCGCGACAAAGGAGGCUGCAGGGACGCUCCAGGCAAAGCCAUACAUCAGAAUGCGCUCCUCCAUUCUCUUUGCCAUGCUCUCGUCGAUCGCAGGCAUCCAGGCCUGCGUUAUCAUGCACGCCCAGGUCCACACUGAGGUCGCGCUUGGCACCUCGAUCUCGAUGCAGGUGUGGGACAACGACGUCGAGGUGUGCCACGGGAACGCAGCAGGAAACAGCCACGCAGAGGGCAGCGAAGUCCGCAGGCUCGACUGCGGCAACGGCGCCUGGGUCGAGAUGUCGUCCCAAGCGGCCAACUGGCGCUAUCACUCCAAGGACGGCUACGAGUUCGCCCCAGCUCCGGGCACAGGCGAGAAGAUCGGGCCCAAAUGCACAAGGCCGGCUCCGGGCGAGGGCGUGCCCAGCUUCAAGAUCUGCAACACCUUUUACCGUGCCGAAGACGGCUUUGCUUGCGACAAGUUCCCUCACCACGACAACUGCCAGUUGGACUUCUGCGGCUGA